ACUACAUCAUGUACUAUAUACUCGGUAUCAAUUUCGCAUGCAACUCUAGAGGUGAGCAUAGUAGUCAGACGGUAAAGUCCAUCAUGUCCGCAGUUAAGUCAUGAACUCGUAUGUUGUUGCCGGUUAUCUGAGAAGUCCACGAAAUCAGGAAAUUGAUCGACCCAAGCUUAAGAUUUAGCUAGAAUCGGUACGGCAGCGUUGAAGACGACAAUUCAGAGAUUCGCCUGUUACUACAUCGUGACUGACUCUGUGGGCCCUCAACAAGACCAAGACUUGCACUCCAAGGGAGACUUUGCUACCAACUGUAGUACUGGUACCUCUUUGCUAUUAGCCGUGAUUUGACAGCAGCACAUGCAGUACCAUAAAACUUGUUAGGAUUGAUUAAAAGAACUGAUCUCCGUGUGGGAGAUGUCACCCCAAUGUGAGGCCCUGUUGCUAUGACAGAUUGUUGUCAUGGAGACCGCCCUCCCCGGUAACUCUCCAAUCUCAAGACUCUGGGAGGAGUAUCUUGAACCAGUAAUUUCUUGGAAGGCUAGGUGGCCAUACCGGGACAUCUUUACCAUAGUCAGGGAGUUCAGUUUUUGAGAGCUUGGCAUUGAUGGCACCGACCAUCGGCAUGGAUGAGACGGAUACCGACAUCCUUCUGGGCAAACAGUACGGCGAUGUCUUCUCCAGCAAGUACAUCACCAAGCAAAUGCUUGGAAAGGGCAUCAGCAGUACCGUCCGCAAGUGUAUCAUGCGUGACACCUCCCAGUUCUUUGCCGUCAAGAUCAUCGACAUCACGUCGGAGAAGAACACGGACCGGACCCAGGCCAUCCAGGAGGAGUACAACAAUGAGGUGGCCAUCCUCCGUCAGCUGUCGGGCCCGCCCAAGCACAAGAACAUCAUUGAGCUGUUUGAUUUCAUUCAGACCCCAACAUAUUUCUUCAUGGUCUUUGAACUGUGUCCCGAGGGUGAGCUAUUUGACUAUCUCACCAAGGUCGUCACACUUUCGGAAAAGAAAACUAGGAAUAUCAUGAGGCAGAUUCUAGAUGCAAUACAGUACAUCCACAGCCAGGACAUCGUCCACAGGGACAUCAAGCCGGAGAAUAUUUUGCUCAAAGAAAAUCUGACAGUGAAGAUAUCGGACUUUGGCAUGGCGGCUAUCGUACAAGACGGAAAGCAACUAACAGAACUGUGUGGCACCCCUGGGUACAUGGCCCCAGAGGCCCUGAAAUGCAGUAUGAACUUGGAUGGUGUCAAAGGUUACGGGAAGGAGAUUGACCUGUGGGCCUGUGGGGUCAUCAUGUACACUUUGCUUGUUGGUUGCCCGCCCUUCUGGCAUCGGCGUCAGGUGAUCAUGCUGCGGACCAUCAUGGAGGGACGGUACUCCUUUGGCAGCCCAGAGUGGGAGGAUGUCAGUGAGGCAGCCAAGGACCUGAUAAGAAGACUUCUUGUCGUACAGCCAUCAGAGAGGCUAACGGCAAAAGAGGCGCUUCAAAAUCAGUUCUUCCAAAUUUCAGACUCGCCGUCCAAAAUGGUUUUCACUCCUCGGAAGAAGUUUAGGGCCGCCGUCUUAGCUGUCUCCGUCAUCUGCACUCUGUCCCGCUACAGCACCCAGCGCGCCAUCCCCAUCCGCCGGGCUCGCCAGAACCCCUACAAGGUGAAGGCUAUCCGCAAGGUCAUCGAUGGCUGCGCCUUCGGCAUGUACGGCCACUGGGUCAAGAAGGGUGAGGUCCAGAACCGGGCGGCGCUCUUCGAGCACACGCCCAAGACAGAGCUGAAGAGCAUGAUGGACAACAAGGACUCGCCUCACAUGAGCCCCUCCGCCUCAUUCGUCGGGAUUGGCAUCACGUUUGGACUGGGAUGAUGACGGCUGAACUUAGGGAGUUUAUCAAAAUAACUAACAGAUGCCAAGCUUUUCAGUGCAAGACUAUCGAGUAAUUUCAGCUCUGUGGAAUGUUUGCUGCCGGCACCUUUAAAUGUUAAUGCAUCUGCUGGCUGACCUGCUGCGCCAAAAAAGUAGCAGGAUUUUUAUGAGUGUGUCGCAUAUUGUCCAUCAACUCUCCCAAUUCUCAUAAGAUUGGUGUGUUAGAAUUGCGCUCUCGUAUUUAACAAUUUCAGUCUGAGACUGCAGUUUGGCAUUUCCAUGGCUUGUGUGAGCGUACAGUAACAAGACAAGAUACAACUUCGGUAAUGUGUUCCUGAGUUCUACAUGUAGGGCUCUUCUGCAAGACGAUGAGUGGUAAGGUACUUUUGCCUGUCCAUUUGGGAGAAAGUAGAUGGGAUUUCGGUGGCCGUGCAAUCUAACCAGGCUACGUCAGAUUGAUGAUACUGUGUCUUAUUGGCCCUGGCUGUGCGCAAGUGCCUUGGCCCACCGAGGGCACGAAGAAAUCUGAUGGAAGAAGUAACGGUGCCUUCCUGUCGGGCAGAGGACCAAGUCGCUACGUUAAUCACCUUUUUCUGUAUCUCGACACAAGAUGGCCUUCCCUGUGCCCCAGAAUGCAUAGAAAACGUCUGUACUGUCACUACAUGGACACAUGAUAGACAUGGACACAUGAUAGAAGUGUGGAGGCCAUUGUCUAUUAUUACUCUUCAAACGUGGUUAACGUUGUAGCCCCUCUGGUCAUGCACUUUGAGGGGACAUUUGUGACUAAAAAUAUCCAUUUGAAACUACCUUGUAAACCAUACUGAUGAAGAUGAAAAUCUCAGAGUAAGACGGAUUUGUUGAACGACUGACAACACAUAUAUCAUGAGAAAAUGUACUGAAUGGUGUGCAAUUUUUUGUACCGGGAACUAACACAUUAAUGACACAACGGUACAUGUACAUGUAUACCCACAGAGGCAUGAUGAUGCGUGCCUCUGUAACAACAUUUUGAUAUUCAGCCAAAUUAAACUGACUUAGGUUUUGCAGCCAAAACAAACCCAAAGCGAUUAUAACUUAGCUUAAGAGGUUAUUCUCCUUAAAAAGAAAAAAAACCAUAAUGAUCUUUCAAAUGAUUCAGUGACCUUUUUGUUAAGGGAAAUACCAUACAUGUACCAAUACGAUAGGAACAAAAUCUGUGGUCCGAACCUGACGUUUGGGAAUUGUCAAAUGGGUAAGGUUUGAACCAUUCUGUGGUUGGCACAGCGUAGGGACCUGCUGGGGGUAAUAUCCACGUCCAAUCAUUUAAAUAACACCAUUCAGGGAACUCAUGAAGCAUAGUACACAACUCAUGGGUAUAUUACUUUGCAAGUUUGGGUUUAUAAAAUGUAUUCACAUAGUAUUUAUGAGGUUUGUUUCAUCAAAUAUGUAACUUAUAAAGACUAAUUUAUAACAGGCUGAGCGAGUAUAUUAUUUACCAGUAAAUGAUAUAAUGUAGGCUUUCAGUAAUUUCAUGUAUACUUACGAGGGCUCUUAAAAACAUAGGCCUCAGGUUUCCUCUCAUUAGGGUAUUGGAUUGUUUGAAAGUUAUACAGUAAACAAAUCCUGGAAGACCUACGGGUAUGUAAGGGAUUGCAAAUUUGAAAAGUUGUGCUGUGAAGACUGUGGUGAUCAUCCUUGGCCCCAGAAUCAAGGUAGAGUAUUUUUACCCCUGCUCGUAAGGCCUAUAAAUCAUUUUUUGAAUCAGUUAAAGCUCACAGCACUUUUAAAGGAGCAAGGGUUUACUUUUUUUGAAUGGCCGGUGAACUGUGCUGUUCAAGAUGUAUAGAAAUUUCAAGUACCUAGGCUGUGGGAAAACUAGAUUGUGAGAUAUCCAUUGUAAAGUCUGGUUUUUGCAUUGUGGAGCAAAUCUUACAUCCUGUUAGGUAUAGACAAAUCUUAGGAGAUGCCUUUCUUGCGGGGUCAUCACACCCACGCGCAGGUCUUAACUUGGGCGUGCGCGCACACUUCGGCAAUUUCAGCACCCUAUUGGUUCAAGAGGAAGUGAAAUGCGGGCCUACCACCUGCGUGCGAACAGGAUGGCCACACAAAUGACUUCCUACUCUGGUCGCCGGAUUAGUCCAUACUGGAUCUCCACAUGAUCAACUUGGACAGAUUUUAAUCACAGAUUAUUUAAGUGUAAAUGUGGAGCAACUCUAACAUCCUAUACCCGUAUAUAUUCUGUAGUUUCUCACGAUGAUCAACUUGGACAGAUUUUCCGUGGUGUACAUGUACAUUAACCCUUCCCCUUAGAUUCUGCUUUCAUGAUAAAGACUGCUCUGUAUUUCAGUGUGAACUGGGCUUAAGGUUAAGUAAUUAAAAAAACCCACUGGUUUUCAUCUGCAAAAACCAAAGCAAGUGAUGUGUGCAUGGUAUUGCUAAUUUAAAGAAAAUAUUAAAGAAAAAUGACUGCUGUAUUUCUUGGUGGGGGUCUGUAGAAUUCACAGCAAAACACAUGUAUUCUAUACAUUUCUGAGGGCUUGAGCAAGUGUUCAUGGUUUGAAAAGUAUCAGUAAUGUGAGCAGCAAAUAUUGAAAUAACGCUUUCUGACAUGAAGGUGUUCCUUUUGGGAAUAUGACAUUUUGGAAAGUCCAUUGUGUUAUAUGCGCAUUUCCGGUUUGGAAGUGACUUAAUAAAAUGUCAUCCUCAACUGUCCUUGAUUGGUGUACUAAGUACAAAGAGGGCAUUUAUCAAUUUUCCGGUGUGUUAAGAGUUUUGAAACAUCUUUGUGAAAUCUGCAUCACUUUCAAGAUCUUUAACAAACGUGUGUGAGAGAUUUGUUUUUUUACGGUUUUUUGACUUGUUCAACCAGGUUGAUGUCCAUUUUGGCAAUCUGGAGUUAAGGAUUGUUUUUAUGGGAGGUUAGUUUCAAUGGUUCUGUUGUCCAUUAAAAGAAAUAAAUAUUUUUUGCUGUUUGAAAUGCUGCACAAUGUUUUAGUAGGUACUACAUUACAUUCAAACACAAAUUUCAAGGGGGUGCUCUGCUUAAAGAAGUCACAUAUAAUUAUGCGUUAGUGAACUGAUUUUGUCAAAUUUGCAACCUUUCUGUCAUUUUCUUAAAAAAUCUGCUCUUUAAUUCUGCAACCAGUUUCUGUAUUUAACUAUCCAAGUUAUGCAAAACGUGACCAGUGUGAGUAUUUUAUAUAAUUCAUAUUUAUAUGUAUUUUUCAUUUUCCUUCGUUACAAGAUCAUUUGAUGAUGCUUGAAUAUGAGUAAUAAAUCCCAACAGAAACAUCUCUGA